AUGGCCCGGCCAAAGUCAGGGCUGAACCAAAAGCUAAUGGACAGAGACGCGCUAGUCGGCGAUCAAUCGCGAGGAGGCUCUCGCCCAAGGGAUGUCUUCGAGACGAGAUACGGAUACUCGUGGGACCUGUGCAUGAUCUUCCCGACAGAUCCGCCAUCGGGGGUGCCGCACGCUUCCGAGAUCAUCCGGAGGCUUCACAACGCCGGCAUGGAGACGUACCUCUACUACUCUGUGCAGAUGGACGAAAUCAUCUGCAAGAUCCGGGCGCCUCUGGAAAGGCUCGCAAGGUACGCCGCGGACGUGGAGUACCUGAUGCUCUUGGACGAGACGAAGCUCAAGCGAGCCGUGGAGCAAGGGUCCAAGGACCCACCCAUCGCUGGCCGGCACAUCACGCACGAUCCCACCAUCACCAUGUACAGACCGCACGAGCUAAUCUACGGCAAGUACGGCACGAGCCAGCGCCUAACACCCAUGUUCGCCUGCAAGGCCGGCCUGGAACACCCCUUCUCCAGCAUGCACCGCAUCAAGAUCUUGAGGAGGAUGGUGGAGAGCACCGAAGCCGACGGGUGCGGGAUCAAUGUGUCGGUGCUGAUGAGAAACGACGCCCUGAAGGCCUUCUUCCCCUUCCACCAAGAGACGGUGCGGGACGCUCUCUUCGUCAAGUGGGUCAAGCGGUCCCUGCAUCCGAUAGACCAGCCGCUGGAUGACAUCAAGGAAUACGUGGGUGAGAAGAUCGGGAUUUACUUCGCCCUCCUCGGCCACUACACCACCUGGCUAGGCCCGCUUUCCGUGGUGGGGCUGGCCAUGUCGAUCGAUCAAAUUUGCGAGUGGGAUCUUGACGCCGCGUUGGCCCCGUACUUCGCCAUCUUCGUGUCCUUCUGGGCGGUGUUAAUGUUGGAGUUCUGGAAGCGCAAGGAGGCAGAGCUGGCGAUGAGAUGGGGCAUGUCGGAUUUCGAGUCGAUCGAACACGACCGGGCGGAGUUCAAGGGCGACACGAUGGUGUCCUUCGUCGACGGCAGCCCGAUGACCUACUACCCCCCCGAGGAGUACUAUCAGCUCUUGGUGGUGGCCAACACACUGGUGGUGAGCAUGAUGGCACUAGCCGUCGCCCUGAUCGCCGUCAUCUUCGUCCUGGAGAUUGAGUGGGACGAGAGCUCCAGCACCUUCUUGAAUGACUACGGGUCGUACGUGGCUUCCUUCCUCCUGUCGCUGGAGAUCCAGGUGAUGAACUUCCUGUACAAGAAGGUGGCCGUCUGGACAACCAAGAGAGAAAACCACCGCACGGACACGAUCUUCGAGGACAUGCUGGUCGCCAAGCUAGCGGUUUUCCAGUUCGUCAACUCGUACGCGUCGCUGUUCUACAUCGCGUUCGUUCAGCCCUUCACGACCGGGUGCAGCUACGACUCGUGCCUGGACAGCCUGUGCCAGUCGCUCGCCAUCAUCUUCUGCACGCGGCUGAUCAUCGCCAACAGCGUAGAGAUAUUUCUGCCGCGGUACUUGAUGAAGAAGAAGAAGGAGAAGGUCCGUGAGAGCGGGGCGUGA